AUGGGAGCCAGCAUGGCGUUUAAUUGCCUGCGCGGCGGCAACGACAUGGUGGUUCAUGACAUCAGGCGGGAGGCGGCCACCCGGCAUCUGGAAGCUGGCGCCCAGUGGGCCGAUACUCCCCGAGAGGUCGCCGCUGCUUCCGACGUGGUGUUCACCUCCCUCCCCGGUCCCGUGGAGGUGGAAGCGGUUUCCCUCGGCGAGGAUGGCAUUAUGUCCGGGAUGGAGGCCGGUAAAACCUACUUUGACCUGAGUACGAGUUCGCCUACCCUCAUCCGUCAAAUCCACGACCGGGUUGCCGCACAGGGCAUCAACGUGCUGGACGCCCCGGUGAGUGGCGGCCCGGCUGGCGCCUCCAGCGGUCGUUUGGCGAUAUGGGUAGGCGGAGAUAAAGCCGUGUUUGAUCAGCACAAGGCAGUCCUGGAUUCCAUCGGCGAUGCCGCCUACUACGUUGGGCCAAUUGGAAGCGGCGCGGUGGCCAAGUUGGUGCACAACUGCGCCGGUUACAUCGUUCAAACCGCCCUGGCCGAGGCGGGCGACCGGCGUGGUGUGCGGCGCAUUCUGCACCAGCUCCGGGUUCGAUGUGGCCUCGGCGUCGAUGGCCCGCAAGGCGCCGAUGAAUGCGUCCAGCGUGUCUUUGUUUUCUGA